ACUUCUGGCCGUCCAUGCAGUGAGUGUUGAAGCGAAGAACAACUGUUAUUGUUGGACAGAAGGAACACUGUGUUCGAGUGCAUAAACUGCGUGCUUGCACCCUUCCCGGGUUAUUCCGAAACCUCAGCGACGCAACCUCUGCCCACGUCACGGAAACUACCCCGAAACUGACGGAGAGCCCGAACACCCUCAGCUCGCCCACAACAAGGCUCUGAGCUUCGAAAGCUGUGAACCGUUGCUGAAUCGCGAGAGUUUUCGAUCCGCCACACAGAACGCUAGGAAAAAUGGUCAGCACGACGUGUCAGAUCGCAGCUGCGAUCUCCUUGGUUCUUUUUGUCUCGAUUGUCGUACCAGGAGCCGAAGCAUUGAAGUGCUACAUUUGCAACAGCAAAUACAAUGGUACGGGCUGCCUGUCGCCACCACACAAAGAUUUCAUCAGGGACUGCCCCACAAUCAACGGACAACCUGCUAUUCUCUGCAGGACCAUGUUCAUCACAAUGGGAACCGAGGAGCCGACAGUAGAUCGUCGUUGCGGUGCGGCGAAGCAACACAAGGAAUGCCUGAACACAGCAACUUUCCAAAUCAAGUCGACGACCUGCCAAUGCGAAACAGACGCAUGCAAUCCUGCGACAGCAUCUGCGCCAACAAUGAUGCUCGUAGCCUUGUCCGCGAUAGUCGGAGUGGCACUAUGCAGGUCCGCGUAAGAAUCUCUAUUCACAGCGAUUGCCGAAGUCUGGAAAGCAACCCCAUCGGUUCGCUAGCUCUCCGGAGGCUUUUAGAAUGAAUCGACGAAAGUGUUCCAAGGACUCCGCCAUCGGAUAUGAUAAGAACAACAUCAACAACCACAAGGACAGCAUUGUAUUGUCGACACGAAGCCAUUUCGAUAGGAAGGGAAAACAACCAUUAUAAAUGAAAAACAAAACCCAUAGCGAAAAAUUGUGGUCGAUCAGAUCCCCACCGGAUUUCUCACCCGAACCGGAAGGCGAACCUGAUGUACGUUUUGUUCCGCUGACAGAGAACUGAAUGACGAACGAAGUGACAAAAAGGCAACCGAAUGAUUAACACUUUACAAUUAUUGCUCGCAUCGAACGUACGGUACCGAGAACCGACGGAGACCAUUGCUACUACCAAAAUCCCACAGUUGGAGGCCGAUGUAUUGGAGCUGAGAAUGUUGCGAGGCGGUUAACGCUUUCUGACCGAUUAGUCUUUGUUGCUUAGCAAACGGUGAGCCAACUUCAACGUUGACCACCUCUGGAUGUUCAGGUAGAGGUUUUCCGAUGGUCGACAUGGCUGGCAAAUUUAUCAAUUGAUUGACUGAUGAAUGAAUCGUUCGCAAGCAUCAAGAUAUAUGGUUCCCUCCAGUUCCGUUGGUCUGAAAGAUUGUCUAUUCGAUGACUGUCGAUUGUUAGUACGAUGUCGCUUGAAUCACUUCCAAUUGUCAGAUAUGGAUUCUACGGGUAAUGAACAUUUUAAAUCCACGGUGUGCACUCAUCGAGGUAGUUCCUGCUGCUCAAACAAGAAUCACUUUCGAACCACAUGCGAGCGAAGGUACAUACCAUACGCCAGGCUUCAGAUCAGGCACGAUGCAUCAUUAUCUUUCAUUCGCCACCCGAGGAGAGGAUGACCAGAAUAUCAGAUGGUCGUCUAACAGAAUGACUCCUUAC